AUGUCAUUCCACAUUUCCAUCAGAUGCAACGUGGAAGCUAGAAACCAAACAGACGUUGCAAAGUUUUUUCUUCUUGCAAUAACAGAGGACCCAAGAAUGCAUUUGGUCAUCUUCAGCCUGUUCCUGUCCAUGUACCUGGUCACCAUCCUGGGAAACCUGCUCAUCAUCCUGGCUAUCAGCUCUGACUCCCACCUGCACACGCCCAUGUACUUCUUCCUCUCCAACCUGUCCUUCACUGACAUCUGUUUCAGCACAACCACAAUCCCAAAGAUGCUGGUGAACAUCCAAGCACAGGAUCAGAGCAUCACGUACUCAGGCUGCCUCUCUCAGGCCGGCUUUGUUUUGUUUUUUGCUGGUUUGGAGAAUUGUCUGCUUGCAGCAAUGGCCUAUGACCGCUACGUGGCCAUCUGCCAUCCACUUAGGUACACAGUCAUCAUGAACCCCCGCCUCUGUGCUCUGCUGGUUCUACUGUCCCUGCCCAUUAGUGCUGUGAAUGCUCUCCUGCUUGUUCUGACAGUGCUGCAUCUGUCCUUCUGCACAGACCUGGAAAUCUCCCUCUUCUUCUGUGAACUUGCUCAAAUCAUCAACCUUGCCUGUUCUGAUACCCUCAUCAAUAACAUCCUCAUAUAUGCUGCAGCUUUCAUAUUCGGUGGUGUUCCUCUCUCUGGAAUCGUUUUCUCUUAUGCUCAAAUUGUCUCCUCCGUUUUGAGGAUUCCAUCAGGUAGAGCAGGGUAUAAAGCCUUUUCAACAUGUGGCUCUCACCUGACAGUUGUCUCCCUGUUCUAUGGGACAGGAUUGGGUGUCUACAUCAGUUCUGCAAUUACUGACUCCUCCAGAAAAACUGCCAUGGCUUCAGUGAUGUAUUCUGUGGUGCCUCAAAUAACUAACCCCUUUAUUUACAGUCUGAGGAACAGAGACAUGAAAGAAGCAUUAAGGAAGCUCUUCAGAAGGGCGUCUUCUGUUCUGUGA